CAUCAACAAGUCAAAGAUCUGAGCGAUGCUUGCCUUAGAUUUUAGCUGCCAUCUCACCUGUUGUUCCUCGCUGCAUACUCGUGCUGCAGGCUGCCCCUGCAUGGCUAAUGGACCUUGUACUUGACAGGUUUUCUGUAAGACCAGUUCGACAGAUUGUUCCAUUUUUACAGUUUGAAUCCUAUUCCCCAAUAUGCCUGCAGUCCCUCCCAUCCAGGGCUGUGUGGAGAUUUAAAAAGCAGACUCUAUGCAUCAUCCAAGUUACUAAUGAAAGUAAUGAACUGUGCCAGGCCAGACCAGACUCCUGGGGAACUCAGAACUGAGAAGCUCAGUUUAUCUUUCUAUUUUGACAGCAAAUUGUCUGUAACUACCGAGCCUUGUUUCCAAUCAGUUUGAUACUCACUUUUCAGCUGGCCAUAUUUCUCUUCCUUGCUUACAUAAAACUCUGCCAAAAGCCUGCUGAAAAUCAAGAUACAUGGCAUUUACUGCUUCUCCCUGUCAGCAUGAAAACAAGAUUUUAGUGGCUCAGCGUCCUUUGCUCAUUGUAGCUAACAAAACUGCAACUUUAGUCUGCAACUACACAUACAAUGGAACAGGGAAGGAAUUUCGAGCUUCUCUGCACAAAGGAUCAGACAGUGCAGUUGAAGUUUGCUUUAUUUCAUGGAACACGACCAAAAUUAGCAGUAAUUCAAAUAAAGAAUUCAACUGCCAGGGGAUUCAUGAUAAAGACAAAGUCAUCUUCAAUCUUUGGAAUAUGAGCGCCAGCCAAACUGACAUCUACUUCUGCAAAAUUGAGGCCAUGUAUCCACCCCCAUAUGUCUACAAUGAGAAGAGCAAUGGGACUGUCAUUCAUGUGAAAGAGACACCCAUCGAAACAGAAGAGCCUCAGUCUGCAAUUCCUUUGUGGAUUAUGGUGGCAGUGACUGGAGUUCUUGCUUUCUACAGUAUGCUAAUAACCGCAGUUUUUAUUAACUACUGGCAAAAAUCCAAAAAGAAUAUGUACCAUCAGAGUGACUACAUGAACAUGACUCCCCGGCAUCCACCAUACCAAAAGAACAAGGGUUACCCAUCCUAUGCGCCAACACGAGACUACACUGCAUAUCGGUCCUGGCAGCCGUGAUACCCACCAGCAGCCUCAUGUACUUCUAGGCAGGCACUUGCUCUUGGACAUGGAAGGGCAGUCUCUCAUUUUCUCAUCAUGUUUGUCAUUAUUGGUCAUGGAUAACUACACCAUAGCAAGUAUUGGCUAAACUUUGAUAUUAUACUAAAAGAAAAAACAAACAAACCUUAAAAGGGGGGGCGGGGGGAGAGUAAAAAAGGAUUAUUCUCCAUGACAGCUAAAAAUAAGAUACAACUUGUGUUGACAGUUGUCAGUGGGUAAGACAGAAACGUGUCAUUGGACCUCAGAGCUGGUCUCCUCCUAACACUUGUAGUUUUGCUCAGCUGUUUGGAGAACCAGAACUUUUGACCUUUCCCAAUAACUGCUGCCUUAGAUUUAACCCUUAAUUCCUUUUCCUGUAUGUCUAAUCCUUGGAAACCCUUGUUGCUGUUAAAUAUGGAAAAACUUUAAAAAAAAAAAGUCUUUUCUUCUCUACAAGACCAGGGCACAGUUUGAAGUUCAAAACACAUGCUUGAAAGAAAGAGGGAAAAGUCAGCCUGAAGGCAUCUAAGCUAUUAGGCUAUGAUGCAAAUGGGCCAUCUGGACAAAUCAAGCUGACAGAAAACUACUAAACCUUCAAUAUGUGAGUCCUUAGGUUGGACACUUUGUAAAUGUUCAUAAGGCCAUUUGAAGUCAUGACCAAGCAACUCCACAGAGUGAGAAAGUAAUCAACCUGAAGACAAAAUCAAGACAAGUGGGAGAGAAAGAAAGAUCUGUUGUCAUCAUGAAGAACCCCAUUUCUGGGUUUUUUGCCUCCUACAGGGAACUCAAAGUCAUAUGGGAAGCAUUAGAAGACACAGAGGUCAGAUUUUGAGGAGACCUUUACUUUCAUUUUUGAAUUUUUGUUUCUAUCUAAAACACAUUCUGCUGAGUCCUCCUGAAAAUUCAUGCACAUCUUCUGGCACCUAGGUUGUACCAGAGCCAAAUCUGGGUCCAGUUAUGAGCAACUAAAGAUCACUUAAUUUUUUUUCCCAUAAGCACUCAAUUUUUGUGGUGUGAAAGGGUCCUUCAUUCCCACCAUUGUGAAUAGGACGUGCCAGUGCUCAGCUGCCUGCAGAGACUGCUCUGGGCACUCUGAGGAACUUUGUGUUGACUGGAGGUUACCUUUCUAUCUAAAAUGUUGUUCAGGAAUGCUCCAUGCCGGAGUAGGACAAAGUCUUCAGCAAAACUUGCUUCAUUCCUUCAGUUAAGCCUGUUUACAUUAACAAGACAUCCUAAACUGUAAUUGGGGUUGUCUUGGCAUAAAAUCCCUUUUCACACUGAGGAGAUGCAGUUUAUUUUGUAGGGACUUCUGAAUAAACAAUUACAUGAAAAACAAA